ACGUCAAAAACAUCAAUCAAAAAUAAACACGCACCGGGCACGCCGUUUCACGUUUUUCCCCAGCGCACUCGUUAUUACAUUGUAAAAUUUCGUAUAAUUUCCUUCAAAAUCCGUCUUAAUACAUCUGAAAAACAGACCCAGAAACGAGGGUGAUAUUUACGAUAGUUCGAUUGUACCUAGCCGGAAACGAUGGCCCAAUUGGACGAUCUGUUCGAUUUGUUUGAAGCCGAGAACGACGAAGACGACGCAGGCAACGUUCCGAUUGUGGUGGAACAAAGCGGCAAAUCCGAAUCGCAGCGGGAGGAUUCACCUGCACCGGUUACGAAGGAUGAACCAGCUGGGACCAAGCGCGAAUUGGAGGACGACAUGGAUGAAGAUGUCGAGGUAGUGGAGUCCAAUAAACGGGCAAAGGUGGAAUCCCUUCUGGAUGAUAUUAAUUUGGACAACAUUGAAUCUCGCAUCAAAGUGCAUACCAUUCAAUCGCCAGAGGCUUGUACCCACGAGGUAGCUGUUUACCCCGAACACAAGUACAUGCCUCUGGUUCCACCAACCGGAAAGGCAGCCAAAGAGUACCCAUUCGUGCUCGAUCCGUUCCAAAAGGAGGCCAUCCUGUGCAUCGAGAACCAACAGUCGGUUCUGGUAUCGGCACACACGUCGGCGGGAAAGACGGUUGUGGCGGAGUACGCCAUUGCCAAAUCGUUGGCUGCCAAGCAGCGGGUCAUCUAUACCACGCCCAUCAAGGCCCUGUCCAACCAGAAGUAUCGUGAAUUUCACGAAGAGUUUAAGGACGUUGGUUUGGUUACCGGAGAUGUGACGAUCAAUCCUUCCGCUUCCUGCCUGAUCAUGACUACGGAAAUUUUGAGGAACAUGCUGUACCGUGGGUCUGAAAUUAUGCGCGAAGUUGGUUGGGUGAUUUUCGACGAAAUCCAUUAUAUGAGAGAUAAAGAGCGUGGAGUGGUAUGGGAGGAAACGCUUAUCCUACUUCCGGAUAACGUGCAUUACGUGUUUCUCUCGGCUACUAUUCCCAAUGCUCGUCAGUUUGCCGAGUGGGUUUGCCAUAUUCAUAAGCAACCUUGUCACGUAGUUUACACGGAUUAUCGUCCGACGCCACUGCAACACUAUCUGUUCCCAGUAGGAGGGGACGGUAUCCAUUUGGUAGUGGACGAAAAGGGUCAAUUCAAGGAGGACAACUUUAACACUGCAAUGGCAGUGCUGCAAAAUGCUGGGGAAGCCGCUAAAGGGGACCAAAAGGGCAAGAAAGGCGGACUGAAGGCAACCAAUUCGGGCGAGACGAAUAUUUUCAAAAUUGUUAAAAUGAUCAUGGAAAGGAAUUUUGCUCCGGUAAUUAUUUUCUCAUUCAGUAAAAAGGAUUGCGAAAUUUACGCGAUGCAGAUGUCGAAGUUGGAUUUCAAUUCGACCACGGAGAAAAAGUUGGUUGACGAGGUGUUCAACAAUGCAAUGGAUGUGCUGAGCGAAGAGGAUCGGCAAUUACCCCAGGUGGAAAACGUACUUCCAUUGUUGCGCCGAGGAAUCGGAAUCCAUCACGGAGGGCUGUUGCCAAUUCUGAAGGAAACCAUUGAAAUCCUGUUCGGCGAAGGUUUGAUCAAAGCUCUGUUCGCCACAGAGACGUUCGCCAUGGGCCUGAACAUGCCGGCCCGUACGGUGCUUUUCACGGGUCCGCGAAAGUUCGACGGUAAAGAUUUCCGCUGGGUUACAUCCGGAGAGUACAUUCAGAUGUCGGGACGUGCCGGUCGCCGUGGGUUGGAUGAUAAAGGUAUCGUAAUUUUAAUGAUUGACGAAGCGGUUUCACCGGCAGUGGGGAAGGAGAUCGUACAGGGCAAACCGGAUCCCAUCAAUUCUGCGUUCCAUUUGACUUAUAACAUGGUAUUGAAUCUGCUUAGAGUAGAGGAAAUCAAUCCGGAGUAUAUGUUGGAGCGAUCGUUUUUCCAAUUUCAAAAUCAGUCGUCAAUUCCAGAGAUUUAUAAAAAAGUGCAGGUAAAGCAGAAGGAACUCGAAGGCGUCCACAUAAAGGAUGAACAAUCGAUAGUAUCCUAUCACCACGUCAGAGAUCAAUUAGACACUCUAGGAAAACAGUUCAGGGAUUACAUAACAAGACCAACCUAUUUGGUACCUUUCCUCCAGCCAGGAAGAAUGAUAAAAAUUCAAUCUGAUGCUGGUGAAUUUGAGUGGGGUAUCAUUGUCAAUUUCAAAAAAGAAACUGUUGACGCCAAAGCCAACCCACUAAAAGCUGAAACAAAAGUUAUCAUUGACGUUCUUUUGCACGUCGAUGAUGGCUUUGAGAAGGAAGGUGUCCCUAAGCCAUGCCCUGCGAACAAACGUGGUUCUGUCGAGGUCGUACCUGUUCUGCAUACCCUCGUACAUCGGGUAAGCUCGCUACGUGUCUACUAUCCUAACGACCUUCGACCAGCUGACAAUCGCCGAUCAGUUCUGAAAACAAUCAACGAAGUCAAGAAACGGUUCCCUGAAGGGCCACCAUUGCUGAAUCCAAUCAACGAUAUGCACAUCAAAGAGAAAGAUUUCCAAACCAUCGUAGACAUGAUUGAUAAAUUUGAAAAACGCCUCUUUUCCCAUCCAUUGCAUGAUUCGCCGGAUCUGGAUAAGGUCUACACGAAGUACAUGGAGAAACUGGAGUUGGAGCGUCAACUUAAGCAGGAGAAAAACGCCUUCCGGGAAGCUAAGAGCCUACUUCACAUGGACGAACUGAAACAUCGGAAACGUGUGCUCCGUCGUUUAGGCUACUGCACGACUGCUGAUGUCAUCGAGUUCAAGGGACGCGUAGCCUGCGAACUGAGCUGUGCCGAUGAACUGCUGCUUACGGAGAUGAUUUUUAACGGAACCUUCACAAAUCUAACCACCGCACAGGCAUGCUCAUUGCUUUCGUGCUUCGUUUGCGAUGAAAAAAGUGCCGAAGUGCCGGCUGCUACCGAAGAACUGUCCGGACCACUUCGACAGAUGCAGGAUCUCGCUCGGCGAAUAGCCAAAGUUUCAAACGAAUGCAAAGUAGAUUUGGACGAAGAACGAUACGUAGAAUCGUUCAAACCGUUCCUGAUGGACGUGGUGCUGGCAUGGUGCAAGGGAUCUUCGUUCUUACAGCUUUGCAAAAUGACGGAUAUUUUCGAAGGAUCCAUCAUCCGCUGUAUGAGGCGUCUGGAGGAACUGCUUCGUCAAAUGGUGCAAGCAUCCAAAACGAUCGGAAACUCUGAUUUGGAAAACAAAUUCUCGGAAGCGAUACGACUUCUUAAAAGGGACAUAGUGUUUGCUGCUUCGCUGUAUUUGUAAUAGAAGAAAUUAGUUUCUUUUUUUGAAUAAGUUUUAGACUAUAAUUGUGCAAAUGAAUAAUAACAUUCUAUGAUGAUCUAAA